AUGGUUGGAGCUUUUGAAUCUGAUCAAUCCCUAACAAUGGCCAGCUUAAUCGAAAAACUCGACAUCUUAUCAGACGACUUCGAUCCAACCGCUGUAGUCACCGAACCGUUACCUUCUCCGGUAACAAACGGAAUCGGAGAAGUCAACGAUGAAGAGAAGAAUCUGAUGAUGAAGAAGACGGAGCUUAACGGAGGAGGAGGAGAAAGAGAAAUGGUUCUCGGUAGGAAUAUACACACGACGUCACUUGCUGUUACGGAACCUGAGGUUAACGAUGAAUUCACCGGAGAUAAAGAAGCUUAUAUGGCUAGUGUUCUUGCUCGUUACCGGAAAACUUUGGUCGAACGAACCAAAUUUCAUUUAGGUUAUCCAUAUAAUUUGGAUUUCGACUAUGGUGCGCUUGGUCAGUUACAACAUUUUUCGAUUAAUAAUCUUGGAGAUCCGUUUAUUGAGAGUAACUAUGGUGUACACUCAAGACCUUUUGAAGUUGGUGUGUUGGAUUGGUUUGCUCGUCUUUGGGAGAUUGAGAGAGAUGAUUAUUGGGGUUACAUUACCAAUUGUGGUACUGAAGGAAACCUUCAUGGCAUUUUAGUCGGGAGGGAGAUGUUUCCGGAUGGGAUCUUGUAUGCGUCGCGGGAAUCGCAUUACUCUGUGUUUACUGCUCGUAUGUAUCGAAUGGAGUGUGAGAAGGUUGAUACGCUUAUCUCGGGGGAGAUUGAUUGUGAUGAUUUUAGGAAGAAGUUGUUGGCUAAUAAAGAUAAACCGGCGAUUCUUAAUGUUAACAUAGGAACGACGGUUAAAGGAGCUGUUGAUGAUCUUGACCUUGUAAUCAAAACUCUUGAAGAGUGUGGUUUCUCACAUGACAGGUUCUAUAUUCACUGUGAUGGAGCUUUGUUUGGACUUAUGAUGCCUUUUGUCAAACGUGCACCAAAAGUCACAUUCAAUAAACCGAUAGGGAGUGUGAGUGUGUCGGGCCACAAAUUUGUAGGGUGUCCAAUGCCUUGUGGUGUUCAGAUAACAAGAAUGGAACACAUCAAAGUCCUCUCCAAUAACGUUGAGUACCUCGCUUCGAGGGAUGCAACAAUCAUGGGAAGUCGUAACGGGCAUGCUCCUUUGUUCCUUUGGUACACCUUAAACAGGAAAGGGUACAAAGGAUUCCAGAAAGAAGUUCAGAAAUGCUUGAGAAAUGCGCAUUACCUCAAAGACAGACUCUGUGAAGCUGGGAUCAGCGCCAUGCUUAAUGAGCUUAGCAGCACCGUGGUCUUUGAACGCCCCAAGGAUGAAGAAUUUGUUAGAAGGUGGCAGCUCGCUUGCCAAGGCGAUAUUGCUCAUGUGGUUGUUAUGCCAAGUGUUACAAUCGAGAAGCUCGAUAAUUUCCUGAAAGACCUUGUCAAACACAGAUCGGUCUGGUACGAGGACGGAUCUCAGCCUCCAUGCCUUGCAUCAGAGGUAGGAACCAACAACUGCAUCUGUCCAACUCACAAGUGACGGCACCAUUUUUCAUAUGUUAGCAUUGUUGUUUUCUCGUAAACCACAUCUAGUUUAAAUUCUUCACCACUGUAAUCCUGAAUUCGGUUUCCAUCAUCGUAAAAUUUUGUCAGUUUCUCUUAUUUCAAGUUAAGGAUUCGAACAAUGUUCCCAAAACGCCUAGUGCUGCUAAUGGAUUGUUUACCGGUUGUAAUAUU